AAUUCUGCAAGUGGUUCUGAUUUACUAUCGCUGUUCUCUAGCUGGUCUAAAACCGAUUUUGACCUAAAGGGACGCUUUUUGGACGCCAUGGACUUUUCUAAGUUUCCAGGCAGAAAGGAUGGUAAAAAUGCAGGCAGGGCACAGGACAAAGCACUAGGGACAAAAUGUAUGUGAAAUGCUUUGAUACAGUAAUGUUUUACUAUUUUUUAAAAUUUCCCACCGGUUCUGGCCCCUGUACGUCCCGUACGUCCUGAUGCUUGCAAGGACCGGAACACGGAAGACAGAUGCCGGUAUCUGCUGGAGGAGAUGGCUGGGGACGCUGCAGGGGACA